AUGGACGCACCACCACGAUCACCACCACUCUUCCUAGCGAUAGCAUUCAGAGCAGCUGGCAUGAAUUCCAUCUUCUUCACCGGCGGUAACUUUGCUCGACUUGCAGUGAAGAACAACACCAGGAAAAUGGGGGAAACAAAGAACAAAUUCCGUGUGUUAAUGGGCAAAGUGAAGGUAGAACUAGAUUUCAUGUACUCCGGAGGAUUUCCUCGUUUGAAGCAAUCCUUCGUUUCUUCUGAUCCUAUAUCGGAAAGCCAAGAUAUGAUCUCAAGUGCAUCGUUUGCAAGAGGGGGGAUGUUGUUGUACAACUCCCCUUUGUCGGAUGAAGCAAUGAUGUUUACUGGAGCUUGCUCAAGGUUACUCAGGUUUCAACAAAAAGACUUGAUCGAUUUGAGGAGUGCUUGUAACAAUUCCAAGACACUUCUUGUGAUGGAUGAGGUUCAAUGUGGGUUAGGGCGUAGCGGAUCUCAAUGGGCACAUACAACAUUAGGUGUUGAACCGGAUGCUAUGCUCAUUGGCUUUGGAGACGACAUUGGGAUUGGCGCCAUUGUUGUCAACGACUUACUUGCUGACUACAUUCAUUUUUAUCAGCCGGAUAAACAAUUCAUGCCCACAGCAUGUUGUCUGGAUGCCUCGAAGUUGCUUAACAUGGUAUCCCAACAGGAAUACCUGAACAAGGUCGAGAGAAGUGGGAACUAUUUGAUGGGGUCGUUAACCAAGAACUUGGGAAUGCAUCAUCAGGUUGUGGGCAUAAGAUCAGUUGGUCUUGUUGCUACUAUUCAGCUGAAGGUGAAUGCGCAUCCACUGAUCAUUUCAUGUCAACAGCUGGGACUUCAAUUGGACUUUGGGGGAAUACCCAACAACAUUCGGAUCAUGCCACCUUGUGCUAAAUUUCUGUGGUUUAAUUUUCAUUUUAUGAAUGUGCUAAUGGCCUAA